AUGAAAAUAAAAGCAAUUUACAUAAUAACAGCUUCGAAGCUCAUAGACGCAUUUGUUACGAUCUUCAAGCAAGUACUUAAUCCUAAAGUAGCUGAUCGGAUUCAAAUACUUAAAAGUAAAGAGGAACUACAUAAAGUCAUAUCUAAGAGUAUACUACCUAAAGACUAUGGAGGUGAAGAAAGAUCCUUAAAAGAGUUACAAGACGAAUGGCUUGACAUCCUAUCAACAGAAGAGCAUAUGAACUACGUCAGAGAAAUGAAUACCGCUGGUACAGACGAAUCGUUAAGACAACGAGAUAAAUUCACAGAGCAAUACGCAGGCAUGCCCGGCACUUUUAGAUUAUUAACCGUUGAU